AUAAGUUAAUUGGAGAUUUAAGAUGCAACAACAAUUUGUGUUUUGUUUGUUUAUAAUUUGCAAAUUUAAAGCCAUUUGCUAAAAACAAUAUUCAAUGUGCUCAAAAUGGUGGUUUGUGGAACUCUUCUCGUUCGCAACAAUUACAAAGAGUUCUUUUUGAGCUGCUCGCAUUGCCAACACGAUUGCAACGUUGAAGUAAAUCUGGAAAAGUGGCAAGAGUUCAUUUUACACAUUAGAAAUGCACACAAAGUGCGUUUCGAAGAUGAUGAUAAAAUAUCCUGCAGUAGCACCGUCGAGCAUAAAACUCAAUCAAUGCCAAACGAAGACAGUAGUGAAACUGAAAUCAAUGAUAAUGAUGUCGAGUUUGAAGAGGAUGAUGACAAUAAGGAUUGUUUAGCCGAGGAAGCAUUUGUUGAUUUGCCAAGCGGUCUGACUUGCGAAGAUGAGGACGAUAACGAUAACGACAGCGAGCUCGAUACUGAUGAUGAGAUGUUAGAGAAAUGCCCUAUUAUGGCCGUGUCUUGCCUUAUGGAUGAUAAUUCUCUAACUGAGCAGAGCGGCGAAAAGAAACACUUUGCGCCAACAGUAAAAUUCAAUCCUACAUUUUAUCGCCGCAAUCCGCGAAUCACACAGUUUAUUGAACUAUAUAAGGGACAUCCGUGUCUAUGGGAUCCCAAAAAUGCUGCAUAUAAAAACAAGGAAAAACGCAGUGCAGCAUACGCCAACUUAAUUGAUCAGCUAAAAGCCAGUGUAAAUGUUCAUCUCACACAUUACAAGCUGAAGAAAUGCAUAUCGAGUCUUCAUAGUCAAUAUGCAGUGAUAACACGUCAAAAACGUACAAAGAAAUUGACCAAGUUACCAUUGUAUUAUCAUGAAAUGUAUAGUUUCCUAGGGAAACGCUGUGAUCUUGAUGAUGCGGAAAGCGACGAGGACAGCGACGAGAAUAAAAUUAAGCUAUCGUUUAUUGAAUCAAACCAUUUGACAACAUACUUCAUAGAGUUGUAUGCUAAGUUUCCGCAAUUAUACGAUUCAACAAACAAGGAGUUCGCUAAUCUUCAGGAACGCAAAAGAGCAUACAUCGAAAUGACUGAUCUGCUCACCAAGGAGAUUCCACUUGGCAUCAUUACCCACUAUGAUGUUUAUGACAGUGUGCUCUAUUUGCGUCAAUGGUAUUCCCGCAAAAUCAAAGGACUAACAGAGACCCAAACAGUUGGAUUGUUGAGGGCCGAAAAACAUUACAUUGAGACAUGCAAGGGCUUCCUGAAAACGACAACAUUCCGCCAGAAAAUUCCAUGUGACGUCUGUCAAAAUAGCUUCAGCACCGAUCACGCUCUACAGGCACAUCAGUUUCGUGCUCAUAAGGUUGGCGAUGGCGGCUGGUUUAAGUGCACGCUGUGCGAGAAUCAUUUCGAGCGUCGUUGUCAUUUACAGCAGCAUAAUCAACGUGUUCACAUGGGCAAAACAUUUAACUGCAGUUUAUGUGAUCGCAGCUUCUCAUUUGCCAGUCAACUGAGUGCACAUAUGCGUACCCAUGAUGAUAGCCACAUAGCCAAACCAUUUGUCUGCGAAUUCUGUGGUAAAUCGUUUAAGCAAAAAAUUCAAAUGAGCAACCAUGUGACAGCAGUUCAUACCAAAAUUCGGGCAUUUAAAUGCGCUAUGUGCCCCAAGGAUUUUCUAACGAAACGGGAUCUCAAAGAUCACAUUAAAGCGCAUCUAAACAUACGAGACAAGGUGUGCGAAAUUUGUCAAAAGUCGUUCACCAACGCCAAUGCACUCGUGAAGCAUCGCCACAUCCAUCGGGAGAAAACGCUUCAGUGCAGUCUCUGCAAUACCAAGUUCUCCGAGCGUGUGAGUCUUGGUGUGCACAUGAAGCGUACUCACAAAAUCAUUCGGAAUAAUGCGAAAGCUCCCGAGGCACCGGAAACCACACUGCAAACACAAACAUUCCCAAAAGCCGAAAAUAAUUCAAAUAAAUAAAACGUUGCAUGCAAAACUAAAACCGAUUCGUUAGUUUGAAUGAAGUUACGUUUGGCUAUUUUACAACACUGAUUGCAGUCAGCUGCUGUUCAUCAGCCGCAU